UGGAGCGGGGGGACGAGGGCAGGAAGAUGGCGGCGGCGAGCGGCGGGCUGUGGCGGCGGCCGGCGGCGGGGCUGGCCCGGGCGGUGCGCGCUAUCGGCGGCAGCGGGCGGGCGGCGGGGCCGGCGCUUCGGGCCCAGCAGCUAGCGGAGCGGCUGCGGGCGCGGAGGAGCGAGGAGAAGAAGCCGGAGGUCCCCAAAGACCCAGUGCAGCGCUGGGUGCAGGAGCUUGCUAAGCUGAGCAAGCAGCUGCAGCAGGUUCACCCCAAUGUCCUGGCCAAAGUGCUCAAGCAGGCAACUGUCUACCAGAAUGAGGAGAUUGUGGUGAUCAACAAACCCUAUGGCCUUCCUGUGCAUGGUGGCCCCGGGAUCAAGAAUUGCAUCGCUGAUGUGCUGCCUAUUUUGGCCAAGAUGUUGGAGAACAUGAAAGCCGAACCCCUCCACCUCUGCCACCGGCUGGACAAAGAGACCACGGGUGUCAUGGUGCUGGCGCGGAGCAAGGAGGCAGCAGAGAAGAUCCGGCUUCUCUUCAAAACCCGCCAGGUGGAGAAGAUCUACUGGGCGAUUACCCUGGGCGACCCAGACCCCUCCAGGGGCAUUGUGGAGAUCCCCAUGGUGGAAAAGGAGGUGCAGAGCCACCAGCCACACUACAAGAUGACGCUGGCCCCCAACUACCGCCUGUCUCCAGAGGACGGAAAGGUGGUGAAAAUCCGCCAGAGCUGCGAUGCCGAAAGAGCUGUGACUCGGUACCGCCUGCUGGCCAGCGCCAGCGCCUGCUCCCUGCUGGAGCUCCAGCCCAUCACUGGGGUGAAGCACCAGAUCCGGGUUCACCUGGCUUAUGGUUUGGGGUGCCCCAUCCUGGGGGAUCACAAGUACUCGCACUGGAGCAAACUGGCACCCCAGAAGCUUCCUGAAAUCACUCUGAAGAGGCUGAAGCUGGAGCAGAGCAAGGCUCGCCACCUCCCCCUCCAUCUCCACGCCCACCGGCUCUCCCUACCCCUGGGCCAGCAGAUAGACCUCGUCUGCAAGCCCCCCCUCUUCUUCCAAAAGACUCUGAAGAAGCUGGAGCUGGAGGUCACUAAUGAGGCAGCAGGGGAGCAGGACUGACUAUCUCUGCAUCUGCAGCAGUGUGAUGAAGCAGUCUCUGCUGCUUGACAGAGACUUCCCAUGUUGGUACUGUCUUCAAACUAGGUACCUGCCUGUGCUUCUUGCCCUGAUUUGGUGCAGAAAAGGGGCUGAAGAGCCUCUUGUUUGGACAGAAGAGGCUGGGUGGAAACUGGGCUUUCCCGAUCUGUGUUUUGACUGUGUCUCUGAGCAAUAAAAGAGCCAGUUCCCACUGA